AUGGAUGCCCCUGCGGCUGGGGUCCCCAAAGCGGAACUUCCACUUGCUCAUCAGUGCCCCUCCCCCGCGCUCGCGCUCACCGAGGCCGAUAUCCAGCCCCAGCUCAACCGCCGCCGCCCCGGCCAGUCCAGCAUCACAACCCCCCGCAACGAAAAGGACCAUAUCCAUCUGGGCACGCCCAUCCUCCUCACUGUCCCCAACGAGGACCAGCACCCCAAGGACUACGGCAACCAGACCAUCAACCUCUUUCCUCGCCCUAGCCAUGCCGACUGGACCUACCUCGAGAAGUACGGCAUCAAGGCCAGCUCCGGCCGCCGCCGCAGCAGUGCCCGCGAGACCACCGCCCGUGUUGCUGCCGGCGCUGUUGCUGAGAAGUGGCUCAAGGAGGCCUACGGCAUUGACAUUGUCGCCUUUGUCACCUCCGUCGGCAACAUCAAGCUCUUUGAAGACGCUGACGGCAUGAGCUCUGACCCUGCCUUCCUCAGUCUCGCCGAGACCAUCACCAAGGCCAAGGUUGACGAAUUCCUCCCGGUCCGCUGUCCUGACGAAGAAGCCGGCCGACGCAUGGAGAACCGCAUUGCCGAACUGCGCGACAAGAACGACAGCACUGGCGGCUCUGUCACCUAUGUCACCCGCAACUCCCCCGUUGGCCUCGGCGAGCGUUGCUUCGACAAGCUCGAGGCCACCCUCGCUCACGCUAUGCUGUCCAUCCCCGCAGUCAAGGGCUUUGAGAUUGGCUCCGGUUUCCACGGCGCCGAGAUGCUCGGCAGCGUCCACAACGACCCCUUCGUCGCUACCCCGGCCCUCGAUGCCGCCGCUGAGAAGACGGGCAUCCCCCGCUCCCGCCUGCAGACCAAGACCAACCACUCCGGUGGCAUUCAGGGCGGCAUCUCCAACGGCAUGCCCAUCUUCUUCAGGGUCGCCUUCAAGCCCCCGGCCAUCAUCAGCCAGGACCAGACCACCGCUCGCUACGAUGCUUCUGGCGAGGGUGUCUUGACCGCCAAGGGCCGCCACGAUCCCUGUGUCGUGCCCCGUGCCGUGCCCAUUGUUGAGGGCAUGGCCGCGCUGGUCAGUGCCGAUGCUAUCAUGUCCCAGCACGCCCGCCAGGUGGGUAAGGGUCUUUCUCUUAAGAAGUCGAAACAUGAUUGGAUAUGUCCAUGCACUAUAUUUCUCGUCGUCUCUUGCGUAUCAAAGACUACAACCUUUCUGAAUCAUGUCGCAAACCAUAACAUCGGUCUGAAUAGCGGUCGGUACCCGCUCCUAAGUGACCUAGCAUUCAAUCCACAUCACAUUGCGAACGCCCGAAAUACAUGA